CGCUCAGACAGUUAUCGUGUGGCCACCACCCAAGACAAACAUGACGAUUCUUCACCCAAGAAGAGCAAAGCCCAGCAGAAGAGUCGGGAUCUGGAUGAUCUCAAGAAGGAAGUGGCGAUGACAGAGCACAAAAUGUCCAUUGAGGAAGUCUGCCGGAAAUACAACACAGAUUGUGUGCAGGGUCUGACCCACAGCAAAGCCCAAGAGAUCCUGGCCCGCGAUGGCCCCAAUGCUCUCACCCCACCCCCAACCACUCCGGAAUGGGUCAAGUUCUGUCGUCAGCUCUUCGGAGGUUUCUCCAUCCUCUUGUGGAUCGGUGCCAUACUUUGCUUCCUCGCCUACGGCAUCCAGGCAGGAACCGAAGACGAUCCUUCAGGAGACAAUUUGUACCUGGGUAUUGUAUUGGCAGCUGUGGUCAUCAUCACCGGCUGCUUCUCCUACUACCAAGAGGCCAAAAGCUCUAAGAUUAUGGAAUCCUUCAAGAAUAUGGUGCCCCAGCAAGCUCUGGUGAUCAGAGAAGGGGAGAAAAUGCAACUCAACGCGGAGGACGUAGUGGUUGGAGAUCUGGUCGAGGUGAAAGGAGGAGAUCGAGUCCCGGCUGACCUAAGGAUCAUCUCGGCUCACGGUUGCAAGGUGGAUAACUCUUCCCUGACGGGUGAAUCCGAGCCUCAGACCCGUUCUCCAGAUUGUACCCACGACAAUCCUCUCGAGACCAGGAAUAUCACCUUUUUCUCUACCAACUGCGUCGAAGGCACAGCACGUGGAGUUGUCAUUGCCACCGGCGACCGGACAGUGAUGGGUCGAAUUGCCACCUUGGCUUCGGGCCUGGAAGUUGGCAAGACCCCCAUCGCUCGAGAGAUCGAGCAUUUCAUCCAGCUGAUCACAGGCGUGGCUGUCUUUCUGGGCGUCUCCUUCUUCGUGCUCUCUCUCAUUUUGGGCUACUCAUGGCUGGAAGCUGUCAUUUUCCUGAUUGGCAUCAUCGUGGCCAAUGUCCCCGAAGGACUCUUGGCUACAGUCACAGUGUGUCUGACCUUGACCGCCAAACGCAUGGCUCGCAAGAACUGCUUGGUGAAGAACUUGGAAGCUGUGGAGACCUUGGGUUCCACCUCUACCAUCUGCUCGGACAAGACAGGGACCCUGACUCAGAACCGAAUGACUGUUGCUCACAUGUGGUUUGACAACCAGAUCCAUGAGGCUGAUACCACCGAGGAUCAAUCUGGCACGGCCUUUGAUAAGAGCUCCGCCACCUGGGUGGCCUUGUCUCAUAUUGCUGGGCUUUGCAACCGAGCAGUCUUCAAGGGAGGUCAAGAAAAUGUGCCCAUCCUCAAGCGCGACGUAGCAGGAGAUGCUUCGGAAUCGGCCCUCUUGAAAUGCAUCGAGCUGUCGUCUGGAUCGGUGAAGCUGAUGAGGGAGAAGAACAAAAAAGUGGCAGAAAUCCCCUUCAAUUCCACCAAUAAAUACCAGCUCUCAAUUCACGAGACAGAAGAUCCCAACGAUAACCGCUACCUGCUGGUGAUGAAGGGGGCCCCUGAGCGUAUCCUGGACCGAUGCUCCACCAUUCUGUUCCAAGGCAAAGAACAGCCUCUUGAUGAAGAAAUGAAGGAAGCUUUUCAGAAUGCCUACCUGGAGCUGGGAGGACUUGGAGAGAGGGUGCUCGGUUUCUGCCACUAUUACUUGCCUGAAGAGCAGUAUCCCAAAGGGUUCGCCUUUGACUGCGACGAUGUCAACUUUUCCACCGACAACCUCUGCUUUGUGGGACUCAUGUCCAUGAUUGACCCGCCCCGUGCUGCUGUGCCCGAUGCCGUGGGCAAAUGCCGAAGUGCUGGCAUCAAGGUGAUCAUGGUAACAGGUGACCAUCCCAUCACAGCUAAAGCCAUCGCCAAAGGUGUUGGAAUUAUCUCUGAGGGAAAUGAGACAGUGGAAGACAUUGCUGCCCGGCUAAACAUUCCUGUCAGUCAAGUCAACCCCAGAGAUGCCAAGGCCUGUGUGAUCCAUGGGACAGAUUUGAAAGACAUGGCUACGGAGCAAAUUGAUGAAAUCCUACAGAAUCACACCGAGAUCGUCUUUGCCCGUACUUCUCCACAGCAGAAACUCAUCAUUGUGGAAGGUUGCCAAAGACAGGGUGCAAUUGUGGCCGUGACUGGGGAUGGCGUCAAUGACUCACCUGCCCUGAAGAAGGCUGACAUUGGGGUCGCCAUGGGCAUCGCUGGCUCGGAUGUCUCCAAACAGGCUGCUGACAUGAUUCUCCUGGAUGACAAUUUUGCCUCUAUUGUUACUGGAGUUGAAGAAGGACGCCUAAUUUUUGACAACCUGAAGAAAUCCAUCGCCUACACCUUGACCAGCAACAUCCCAGAAAUUACUCCUUUUCUGCUCUUCAUCAUGGCCAACAUCCCGCUGCCUCUGGGCACCAUCACUAUCCUUUGCAUUGACUUGGGGACUGAUAUGGUACCUGCCAUCUCCUUGGCUUACGAAGCAGCUGAGAGUGACAUCAUGAAGCGUCAGCCCCGAAACCCCAGGACUGACAAGCUGGUGAAUGAACGUCUCAUCAGUAUGGCCUACGGGCAGAUUGGAAUGAUUCAGGCUCUGGGAGGGUUCUUCUCCUAUUUUGUGAUCUUGGCUGAGAACGGGUUCCUGCCCUCUAUUUUGGUUGGCAUCCGUCUUACAUGGGACAACCGGGCAAUCAAUGACCUGGAGGAUUCAUAUGGGCAGCAGUGGACUUACGAGCAACGCAAAGUGGUGGAAUUCACCUGCCAUACCGCCUUCUUUGUCAGCAUCGUGGUGGUGCAGUGGGCUGACCUGAUUAUUUGCAAAACCAGAAGGAAUUCCGUCUUCCAGCAAGGCAUGAGAAACAAGAUCCUCAUUUUCGGCCUCUUUGAGGAGACUGCCUUAGCCGCCUUCUUAUCCUACUGCCCCGGUAUGGAUGUGGCUCUCAGAAUGUAUCCUUUGAAGCCCAGCUGGUGGUUCUGCGCUUUUCCGUACAGUUUCGUCAUUUUUGUGUAUGAUGAAAUCCGUAAACUCAUAUUGCGCCGUAACCCUGGAGGAUGGGUGGAGAAAGAGACCUACUACUGAUUCUCUUCCUGUGUCCACUGCUGGUUGCCUCCCCUGUUGGGGGGAAAUCUUGACCCUCCCAAAUUAGCCCC